AGAGAAUGACAAAUGGGAAAGAAAAAGAAGAGCUGAUGGGUCGCUUUUCAAUGUGAGUACUGUGUCUCCUUUUACUAAUUCCAACCUUACCAAAUCAAGCACUAAUUUUUGCUUCUUAACAUCAUCUGCACUCGCUCCAAUCUAAUCGCGGAUUGGGAUUUUCUUUACUUGAGGGUUCAGAUUUGGUUUCACAUUUUGGAUUCUUGGAUUUCGGAUUUCUCCCACCACAUUUUGUCAAAAUGAUCUGACUUGAAGGAGCUUCCUCUAUCCCAAAUUUUAUGUUAUGGAUCUGGCAGCUAUGCCAGGACUCUGCAUUUGGGGAAUGACGUCUUUAUAUCACCUCUUCCCCCAAGAUUUCUUGCUCUGACGAUGCCUGUGCAUAAUCUUUCUUCGUUGCUUGUUUUGUAGAACAAUAGAAGUUGAACUGGGGGAAUGAUGACUUUGAAUGAUGACUAACGGUGUUUGCGAGAUGGUUAGGGUUUAUAAGCUGUUGGUUGGAAAAUGUCAAUGAAUGGAAGGUUUUCUGAGAGACUAACUGGAGAGGCAUAUCUUAAUCGGGAUUUUGAAGCUUUGAGAGUGUCUCGGCGGCUUGUGAGAAGUGUUAGUCAGAAGUUGAAGAAAACAAACAACAGAUUUGAAGGAGAUGCGGAGGAUGAUGCGAGGGGGAUUUCUGCAAAAUGUCUUCCUUUAUAUGGCAGGGGUGGUGGUUGUAAAGUAGGUGCUGACGCUGGUGAGGAAUAUGGGGAUCCAAGUAGUAGGAGAAGGUCAUCAAGUGCCAGUGAAGGAGGAAAGGGGUACAAACCAAUAUGUGGCACUGAUGAACCUGGAGUUGAUUGCUUCUCAUACGGGGUUAGGGAAAAGUUUUGGAAGAAAAAUAUCAGAAAAGAUUUAGAACUUGAAGAUUCAAUAGAAAAUAGCAGCUUGCACAUCUUUCUUCCAGAUGACAUAUUGGAAAUGUGUUUGGUAAGACUCCCAUUGACCAGUCUCAUGAAUGCCCGCCUUGUAUGCAAGAAGUGGAGAUACUUGACCACCGCACCUCGGUUCUUGCAAAUGAGACGAGAUGGUUUGCAUCAGAAUCCAUGGUUAUUUCUCUUUGGGGCUGUUAAAGAUGGCUAUUGUUCUGCGGAGAUACAUGCAUUGGAUGUAUCACAAGACCAAUGGCAUAGGAUUGAUUCUGAUAUUCUAAAAGGAAGGUUCAUGUUCUCUGUUGCUAGUAUUCAGGAUGAUGUUUAUAUUGUUGGAGGUUGUUCUAGCUUGACUCACUUUGGGAGAGUGGAUAGGAGCUCAUUCAGAACUCACAAAGGGGUGCUGGUCUUCAGCCCUUUAACAAAAUCUUGGCGCAAAGUUGCUUCCAUGAGGUAUGCAAGAUCAAUGCCUAUUUUGGGAAUUUCUGAGGUUAGCUCCAAUUUUUCAAUUUUACAGAGUCAUCAGCAUCGGCAAGAAAGGCAUUUUCCCAGGUCUCGAAUUGGUGGUGUUUCAGAUGUUUAUGAGGAUCCUCAUCGGCUUUCACUAAGACGUCAGUACAGAAAUGCUUUUGAUGAAGAUGAAACAUCAUUGUUACAUAGCAGAAAGUCACACAAGUUCAUUAGACAAAAAAAUGAUCAGCGAAAUGCUAAGGGUUGUAAAAGUUUUGUAUUGAUUGCUAUUGGAGGUCUCGGAUCUUGGGAUGAGCCUCUGGAUUCUGGAGAAAUCUAUGAUCCCUUAUCAAAUAAAUGGACAGAAAUCCAGAAGCUGCCCAUAGAUUUUGGGGCGGUGUGUUCUGGGGUUAUAUGUAAUGGGAUUUUUUAUGUUUAUUCGGAGACAGGCAAGCUUAUGGGAUAUGACAUAGAAAGGGGCUUCUGGAUAGCAAUCCAAACCUUCCCAUUCCCUCCCCGUGUUUAUGAGUAUUACCCUAAACUUGUAUCUUGUAACGGUCGAUUAUUCAUGCUUUCAGUCUCCUGGUGUGAAGGAGAUGGUCAAAUAGGCCAGAGGAACAAGGCUGUUAGGAAAUUGUGGGAGCUAGAUCUUAUGUAUCUUACCUGGACUGAAGUGUCGGUACAUCCUGAUGCCCCAAUGGACUGGAAUGCUGCAUUUGUUGCGGACAAAAACCUUAUAUUUGGGGUGGAAAUGUUCAAAAUAUUUGGUCAAGUAUUGGACUUCCUGACUGUAUGUGAUGUGUCAGAGACAGGGACGAAUUGGAGUCAUAUUUCAAGGAAUCACAUGACUCAUGAAUUGGAUGCUUCUUCAUGUAUUACUAAAUCACUGGCCGUGCUGCAUAUGUGAAGUCCCUUGAUUACUCUGAUUGGUGAAGAAAAUUUUACGUUUAUUAUCACGUGGGGAUUUUGAGCAUAGAUUGUGACUCCGAAUUUCAUUCUUGGGACUUAAUCAGUUUGCACCUGGGCAGUUUAUUGUGUCUAUUUUUCUUCACUGCUGUUCAUAAAUUGAUCCUGUAUUCCUAAUCUUUCUUUCUUAUGUUGCAUUAAAAAAUAAAUUCAUCUGUUGUUCAUCCAAUUUGAAGGUUUAUUCAUUAGAAAGUCCAGCAACAUUUUCGUUC